GUACGGAUGAGAGGAAAAUUGGCUAAGGUCUCCCUGACAGAGUGAAUAGAGUUGGAAAGAAGGAACCUACAAGGCCCAGUAGGGUGCAGAGCCCUGUGGGACGGGAUGGUGGGGGAGGGGCUGUGGUUCCGCCUGCUCCUCCUCUGUCCCCUCCCCCGCCCUCAGGAACCGUUUGUGACAAGGCCACUGCUCUGUGAUGUGGGCCUGCUGUGCUGUGCCCAAGCACAGGCUCAGAGGUCAGUUGCCUGAGGGCAGCAGUGCGAUUCAGAUGAUGGAGAGUCCUCUCCUGUGUCUGAAAAGCGUUCUAGCUACCUGGCUGAGCUCCAGCUCCACUUCCUGGGUGCCUAUCACCAUCGGAGGCAUCCUGUGGGGACUGGGGCUCUUCCUUCAAUUACUCCCCUUCUUUGCAAGUGAUCCAUCCUCAUCACUACCAUCUAAAAAACAUGGAAACAUCAGGAAGGUAAGGAACCCUUGGCCCAGACCCAACAGAAUGUGGUUCUCUCUUUUCUCUCUUUACUUCUGCUUUUUGGAGUCAGCUGUAGAGGCUCCUGGGAUGGGAAAGAAGAGAUCAUCUCUUCUCAGGAAAGAAUACAAGAUCCUCCUUCUAGGCAUAAGCCAGGCCAGGCACGAGUUCUGGCAGGAGGAUCUAGCCAACGACCCUAGACAGGGGCCAGGUGGCUAAAGGGCUCCAGGCCAAAAUCCCAAACCCAGUGGCCGGUGGCUGAGGCCCAGAUCCUAAGAAUCUGAUGUCUGCAGGAGGACAGGCCCCUGAGCACUGAUUUACCAGCUGCCUUCCUAGGGCAGGGGUCUAGGGCGAGGCUUCGUCCAGGCUGACCCGAGGGCAGUGCUGAGCCCGCAGUGCCUCUGAGCAGGGGCUGCAGUGGGGCGUUGGCCUCGGGAGGCACAGUGCGGCCUGACGGAGCUCAGAGGGGCCUGUAGGUCUGAGCACGUGUGUGUUUCUUGAGGAGAGAAAUCCACUGACGCAAGAAAGCCAGGGCGGGUCCCACACAGAAAAUCCUUCUUUACAUUCUUCAAGGAAGGAAAAGGGAAAAUGUUCUUAUCUAUGUCAAAAAUGAGUACAAGGACAGGACACCUCCGGGCCUGUUAGGUAAAUGUAGCAAGUCCUGUGUAUAGACACCGAGCCUCUGCAGCUUGUCUAUGGAGGUGAGUGAGACUUGGUCCCAGCCUGUCAUGUUUUUGGUCCCUCAGCAUCACUUGGAGCCAAAUGGAAAGAAAAAGUAUAAAAAAAGAAGUGGAUCUCUGAAAGGUGAGCUUCUGUCAGCCGGCCCUGCCCACCCGAGUCAGCCUGUCUCUCCCGCUGGAGGGCCCAGCUACACGACGCCCCUGAGGAUGGUGUUGCCCAGCACGGACGCGGUGGGCUGGAGUGGACCAAGAGUGUCCGGAUUGGGAAGGGGGGACUCCAGGUCCACGUGCGGGCAUUUAACUUCCCUAAGGUGCCUCUGUGAGGUGGCCCUUGCCAUGUCUCCCCCAGAGGGUGGCUGUGAGGGCCGCAGCAGGCAAUGGAUGUCGAAGCACUUUGCAAGUGGCAAAGCGUUCCCAGUCACGAGUCUUGCCAUCGCCGUCAGGGAUCCUGUGGCCUUGGACUCUGAGGCUUGGGCUCCAGGCUCUAACCUCCCCAAUGUCUCCCCUAAAGGGAUGUAGCCCUCAGUCUCCUAUAAGACACCUAGGUCCCUGCCUUCCCCACGAUGACCCCGUCUUCCGCUUUCCAGCUUGCAGGGAAUUCCUUCGUGACCUGGGAGAGAUUAAGGACCUGUUACUUCUUCUGAGAAGCCGCGUGAGGAGGCUCCUUGACAACGGUGACUCUCAGAUGUCAUCGCAAGAGCAGCCCAGUGAGGGGUCCGAAGCAGAGCCUGCGGGAGCCCAGUGGCCGUGCGGGGAGCCUGAGGACAGCACUGCUCCUGCCGUGGGCCCUUCGGCUCCCUUGGCUCCUCCGGCCACACGCUCUCCACCUCUGGCCUCCAGCUGCUCACCAGGCCUGCUAACGUCCAAAGUUGGUGUCCAUUCAGACUCGUCCCGGAGUGACUCUCAGCCACCAGAGCCUCUCCCACGUACUCCUUCCCCUUCCCCACCAAAUUCCACGGAUUCAGAGCCUUGCCCUCCACCUCCAAUGGCUUCCUUUGUCCCACCACCAAGCUCCACUCCGACUCACACUCAGCGUGACUCAAUGGCACUCUGCCUAGGCACCCUCCCAUGGAGCUCGGCCCCAUAUGCACACUGGCUGGCUUCUCACACCCGAGUCAUCUCAGGCGUUGGUCGCGCAACCUCGCCCGUGCCAGCCCCUUCCAGGUGUCAGGCAGAUGGCAAAGCCUGGAGCCGCUCGACCUCCUCACGAUCCAAGUCGCAGCAAGAACACCUGCCCCAACACCCACCAGAGGUCUCAUUCUGGGGACACCCCACAGACAAACAGGUAGAGGCUUGUAGCCCCUCAUUUGUCAACCCUGACACCCAGAAGCUGCGGGAGACACUGAUCAGCAGGAGAACAGAGCAGAAGAUGAGGAAGGAGAACGAAAAGGGAGAUGGGUCAGACCACCGCCUGAAUUCUUUGGGGACUGUGAAGUCCCUGGGUGAGAGCACAAAAGGCAAACCAGAGCAGCUGGCCAGUCAUGGAAAGCCCCCAGAUACUAAAGAUUUGGGGGUCCAUUUACAGCAGAAAUGCGAACAGUUCUUCUGGGGUAUCCCCUUUCUACACAGCGAGUCGCUGGAGGCUAAUGCCAGGGAAUCUGGUUCCCAGCACGAUAUUCGCUCUGUCUCUUUCAAUGGACACUCUUCUGCCUUCCCAUUCCGAUUUCAGGCUACACGCACAGUAGGGCCACGCAUUUCACCAACCCAACCCCUGCCUCAGCCUGUGGCCCCAUCCCAGCCCUUGUAUCAGCUUGCGGCCCCAUCCCAGGUCCUGCCUCAGCUUGUAGCCCCAUCCCAGCACAAUCUGGAAUGUCAUACUGUGGAGAAGCAGCGAGAAAGUGAGCAGAAGACCUUACCUCCUAUGCUUCAAAAAGCUCAAGUCUUCAGCCCAGUGAGUCCCCUCCCUGCCCCCUCACCUACGUAUGAGGAAAUCCAGAAGACCCUGGGAGAGACCCUACCUGAUGAUGGCCACGCAUCCUCAGAGGCCCCUCUGACCACACAGGUGAGCAGGCCACCUGCGCAGACCUCCACGUGCAUGUCUGUGGCCAGAAUGUGGCACAGCGAGAUGGCCGUGAGGGCCCACAGAGCCAGCCUGGAGCUGCACCCAGGUGCAGCCACGGCCAGCAGUGAGUCAGGUGGGGAGGGUGGAGGCUGGGCCGCAGGAGUCCCCCACUGCAGGAUCACAGUGUUGGAGGGCAGCACUGGGUCCCCUUCUUCAAGUGCUGAUGAAGACGGGGAGUCGGUGGUGGCUGAGGAGGCCUGUGCUUAGAAUGUCACCUUGAAAUCCAGUGUGCCGGCCAGCUCCCAAAUUACUAAUGUGGAUCUGAGGAGAUCAGGGACUCCAGGGACAAAUAAAAUCCCAACACUGCCAAGUGAAAAGGGUGCGAUUCAGGAUCCGGAAGAGCCACGGCCUGAUGCACAGCACAGUGACUCUGAGCUCCGCGAGAAGGUAGCGUCUGGGAAGCAGCCUGCGGACAGCGGCCCUGCUGAGCUUCUUCAGGACUGCGACGCUCCCGCGCUCCCGCAGCACUCCCGGGCGUUUCUUGCCGCAGACGGUUCGGAUUCUCAGAGCUCUCUGUGCAGCUCGCAGAGCACAUCAACUGGGGACACAUCAGCUGUGCAUGUGUCAGGUGACAUCAUGUUGAGUAGAUGGGCCUCACAUCAGAGCAGCCAGGGGCUGCAGGGGUCCUGGAGACGGGAGGAGCCAGAUCAGAGCCAGAGCAAGAUGGCUGUCCCUGCUGGUGAGGAAAAGCACUGUAGGAGGUCCAGCCAAGGAGAGCAGGAGAAAAGAUCAGCAGAACCGAGGGCCUCCCAGGACAAUGGGAUGCUAAAUAAGGAUAAGGAAACAGUAGAAUCCUUAAGAAGCAAGUCCUGCCAGCUGGGACAGAAGGAGGAACAGGCUCCUCCAGAAAGCCACCUCACAAAAAAGACACAGCACGUUCCGCGGGGGAUUUUCUGCAGUGAACUUCCCCAGCAAAAAGGCAGGCCUCCGUCAGCCACUGCCCAGAGCCAGGGACAAGACAAUAGCAGAUCUGCUCCAGACAGCGCGGCUGCUGAGGCUCAGGGGAUCGCGACAGCCUCGUCCCCUGUGGGACGGAUCCUAGGCGAGAAAAUCAAACUUCAAAAUGGACGUCCUCCCUCGGAGUUAAAUUGGCACAAAGGGCAAUUCCAGGCUCCCGCAGGAGAACAUGGUGCCACAGACUUCUGGUACCACAGGCUUCUCUCCUAUGAAGAGCAAGGGAGGGCGACGAGACAGAAAGCCUGCAAUCUACAGGCCACCCUGAAGGGCCACAGCAGUGCUGGCAAGAGCAGGCUGGCCAGAGACAAGGACGGCAACAGGGCCUUCCCACCCCCGUGAGCUGGGGUGCCCGGUCAGGCCCAGCCAGCACGGGCCAAGGGCGGCAGGUGCCUCAGCCUGCACCCUCCACUGCCCAAGGCAUCCUAUGAUUCAGAGAGAUGUGCCAUCUGUUCAGCGGGAGCGGGGUUUCAUGUGUUUCCUGGGACAACUUUUCUUCAAGAAAAGAUCCAUAUAGUGUGAAGAAAACUUGGUUUUCCUUACGUCAGCACAUCCCCUUAGUGCUGAUGGAUUCUUCCUACCUCAACUUCCAUCAUUUCCCAAAAUACAUGCUUUUCUCUCAGGAGAGGUGGUGGCUUCUGUCUGUGCCCUGCUGGGGGAAGGGAAGGAGUCAGGGUCCGCUCUUCCCACGCAGCCACCGUGGCUUCCCGAGAGGUGGAAAUGGAGGUUGAGGAUGCCUGUGGUGUGGCAUGCCCACCUGCACCCCUUGCCCUCGAUGCACCUUAGGUUUCCAUGAGAGCCUCAUUACAAAACAAAAGCAUCUGGACUUGAGAAGAUGAGGAAAACCUGUAAGAUGCCCCCCAACCCCAGGAUCUGGCUCAGCCGGCCCCACUGCUUGCUCUUGGGCAGCUGUGAGGGAGACGUUUAAAGAGGCUGAAAUUCCCCUCAGGCUCCAGAAAGUAUCUGAAAAGUUCCCCGCAGGCGCAGGGGUGUCCGGGGCAGUGCUUGCCUGAGAGCAGAGGCGCAGGAGACCUCCCCCACCCGGAGCUCCGGGUGGGGAGUAGCUGACACCUGCCGGGCAGCCCCUUCUGUCCUGAUGAAGCCGGGGUUGCGGUGGGCUCGGGUCCCUCUAGCUCAGCAUCCCUUCCCUCCACCCUUCUCCCACUCAGGAGCAGCAUAAAGAGGAUGCAGUCCCGGCUCUGAGGGUGUGCGGGUGGGGUGCACAGAGGUCCUGAGGGAUGGGCCACACCUUCCCUUCUGAGGAAUCAGGGAUCAAGGCUGUUGUGGCUUGUGCACAGUCACCAUCUGAAGGUGGACCCUGAAAAUUUGGGGGACAGGGGAGGAUGGCAGCAAAAUGGCACACUGCAACCCCCAAUGGUGCAGGGACCGAGGAGCCCUGGAGACCCACCGCCAUCACAAGCCCAGAGGGCAGGAGCAGCUCAGGGCCCAUGGCUCCCGCAUGGUGGCCCGCCCUGGGGUCUCCACCCACACCAGCCCCCGGAGCCCAAGAGCUGCCACAGGGACCUGUGACAGAGGGCCAGGCUCACACAGGCAGGGAAGCUUGACUUUCCCACAAUAUACUGAAUAAACCUGCACAGGGCUGGGGUCCUUGAGACUGACUCAGGGUCUCUGACCUUUACGUCCACACGUGGCCCAAAGAAGGCUCCCAGGGAGACAAUAAAGAGUAAGGGACGGGCCUGGGGUCCCACAGCAACACUCGCCUGGCUCCCAGCGCUGCCCAGCCCAGGGCUCGGAGGGGGAAGAGGCCAUCACACAGGAUCUGUCACACAACGGGCUGGAAGUGACCUGUCCAGAAUGAGGGCGCAGUCCAGGAUGGCCCACUGUGCGCUGUGCUCCAGCCUACACCCC